GGGAAGAAGAAAAAAAAAAAAAAGCAAACUUUUUCUCUUCACCUUCACUUUUUCACUUCCCUUUGUUUCCUUUAUCCUGUCAUUCAUUCCCUUUACCGCCCGUACAGUCAGUCAGUCCUAUAUCGUGGCUAUCGCAGCAGACAACCUACCUCCCAUUGACUCCAGAGGAAGCAAGUAACAAAUAAGACGAGCAAUAUCAGGCUCCCAAGGGUCGACGAAAGGGAUCAGCACCUGUUUCUCUCUACCUAGACUACCUACAUAUCAUCUAUCAUCGACUUCAACCAUCAUUCGUCAUAUUUCUCACCCUGGACUCGGCUGUCUCAGAACAAAAAAAGCCCCUCUUUCACUCACUCACUCACUCACUCACUCACCCCAAAGGGAGCUGCCGGCUGAGCCCUCAGCAUUACACAUUAUCAUUAUCUGGCCAGAAACUCGGACCCCCAAGAAGCGUCACAUCACAUCACAUUGCAUUACGUUACAGCAUUGAUCACCACUUCCAUAUUAUAAUACCAUACACAUACGCUCACGUACAGAUCUUGCACCCGAUUGCGACGAGACACGACUAGAACGAUCGAAACGAUAUCAUACACCUGACUCGACUCGAAAAACAAUAGAACUCGGCUCCAACAAUACAACUCCACUGCACCAAAAGGCCUUGGACCGCAUCUAGAAUCAUUCUAGAAUUUCCUGUCAUCCGAUCCACAAGCGGCGCGUUUCGGUGCCUAUUGUGAUCGCCCUACAGCUUCCGCUUGGGCUACCACCCAGUACCACCAUACCGCAAAAAUCUCCUUUUUCUUCAACGCUCACUUUCGGUUCAUAAACGAUUCAGCGCAGCCUCCGACAUGACGGCUCCGACACAGACACCUGUUCCUAUAUCUAUCACGAUCUGCGGCGAUGGUGGAUGCGGAAAGUCCUCCAUUACACUGCGCCUAGUUCGCUCGCAAUGGACUUCAGACUACGACCCGACUAUCGAGGACUCAUAUAGCGUGACGCGCCGCAUCGAUGGUGUUACCUACCACCUAUCUCUUACCGACACGGCCGGCCAGGAGGAGUACCGUGGCAUGUGGGCUUCCUCGAACCUCGGCGCCGAUGCUUUCCUCCUCGUCUACGAUAUCACAUCCAAAGACUCCUUAGAUGCCCUGCAGCAUUUUAAUGAACUUAUCGAUAUGGAAGCAGAGACUCGUCUUGAUAACGCUGACCGCGCUCGCCGUGCUGGUCUGCGCUCAGGUCACGAUACGCGGUCCCGCACCAUCCCUCCUGUCAAGCUCGUCGCCGGCAACAAGUGCGAUCUGCAAGAGAGCAGACAAGUCCCUGCGGCUCAAGGUCUUGAAUGGGCCCGAAAGCGCGGGUGUGGAUUCAUGGAGACGAGUGCGCGCCUGGAAGUCAACAUCGAAGAGACGUUUGCAUUGGUUGUGCGCCGGGUGGUUGAGGCUCGACGACUUGCUGAUACAGGUCCAGACGCAGCAGAGUUCAAUGCCCGCGGUAUGACGAAACCGCUGACGCCUCUUCCGACCGAUAGCGACAUCGAGAAGCGCGCGGUUGGAGUGCGAGGCCCGAAUCUUCAGGGCGACAGAGUGGGAGGGAAGAAGGAUAACGGCUUUUGGAAGAGCCUGCGAUGUUGGUGAACUCGGGCAAGCGCAUUGUGAGAACAGGAUAAGCAAAAUGCUGGGAGAGUUUGUGUGGGUUCGUUGGGAGGAAUAUUUCACAAGGCUUCAAAAUCAUUAUAUACCAGGGAUAUCUCGGCGUCUUGGCGAAGGGCUUGGUCUUUUAUCUUCUUUAUCGUUUUACAGAGGACGCGUUUGUUCUGGGGAAAGGAUGUCUUCCAUCAUCUGACAUCAUGGAGUUAUGCUUGUGCGCUACUGUCUUGGUUCUAACACCGCCGGGACUGAUGAUACUAUCUUACCUUGACCACUUGUUUGCUGCUUAGUGCGCUGUUGACUUCUGCUUGUAAACGUGGGUUAAUCAGGACACUGGCCUGUACACCAGUCUCAUCGAAACCAGAUAUUGAGCCGGUUGAUGCUCUUUCACGUAGGAUAUCUGGCGAUGGUGCCUAGUUUGCUUUCCAGAAGAGGAUCGUCAAAUACGGUCAGUUUAUGCUCUGGAAGCCACAGUC